CCUCUGCUCCCAGCGGCGUGUUCCUCUUUCUCCGGUUCCUACUAUCCUGGCCGGUGAGCAUCGCCGGCUAGUUACAGUCCGCCUUCCCCCGCGUUUUGUCUUUGCCCCGCGGCCCACCACUUCCCCGGGGCUGCUGCUCCGGGCCGCACGCCUGCGCUUGCUCCUGACCAUGGCCGAGCGUGGGGAGCUCGAUCUGACCGGCGCCAAGCAGAACACCGGAGUGUGGCUGGUCAAGGUUCCUAAAUAUUUGUCACAGCAGUGGGCUAAAGCUCCUGGAAGAGGUGAAGUUGGGAAACUGCGGAUUGCCAAGAAUCAAGGAAGGACUGAGGUGUCAUUUACUUUGAAUGAGGAUCUUGCAAAUAUUCAUGAUAUUGGUGGAAAACCAGCCUCCGUCAGUGCUCCUAGAGAACAUCCAUUCGUCUUGCAAAGUGUUGGAGGACAGACAUUAACAGUAUUUACGGAGAGCUCAUCAGAAAAGCUCUCGUUGGAAGGAAUAGUAGUACAAAGAGCCGAAUGCCGACCUGCUGCCAGUGAAAACUACAUGAGACUAAAGAGAUUGCAAAUAGAAGAAUCUUCUAAGCCAGUAAGGCUGUCACAACAACUGGAUAAAGUUGUAACAACCAAUUAUAAACCUGUCGCUAAUCAUCAAUACAAUAUUGAGUAUGAAAGGAAGAAGAAAGAAGAUGGAAAGCGAGCUCGAGCUGAUAAACAACACGUUUUAGACAUGCUGUUUUCGGCCUUUGAGAAACAUCAGUAUUACAACCUUAAGGACUUGGUAGACAUCACAAAACAACCUGUGGUGUACCUGAAGGAAAUCUUGAGAGAAAUUGGUAUUCAGAAUGUAAAAGGCAUCCACAAGAACACAUGGGAGCUGAAGCCAGAGUACAGACAUUAUCAAGGAGAAGAAAAGAGUGACUAAGAAGACUCCGACCCGGCAUGCCGCUGGAACAACUGCAGGGUGGUGCUCAGCGCAUGGCAGUGCCCUGGAAGGCUGGGCACCGUGUGCUCAUGGGGUAAAAUGACCGCUACGUUCACUUCUCUCUGUAAAUUUUUUAAACCUAUGAUGCUUGUAAAGUUUCUUAAGUGUUUUUGAGGAGAAAGAAAAAUUUAUUUAUAGACUUAAUUUGUAUUAAACCAGAUUAUUCAUGAUGGGAAUAAGGAUUGGAGGAUUAAGAAGGGUUUUCUUAAAAAUUAACUUUUAAAAUGUAAAAUUAGGACAUAUUUUCUAAAUGAGGACUAUCUGCCCUUGCUGUAUAUCUGAGAAGCCGAGGUGCUGCAGACCCAAAGUGAAGGGUGUAAAGAAAAGAACAGUCAACUACAGAAACUCUCAAGAGGAAUAAAAAGCCAGUUUCUCACACUGAAUCCGUCAAAGCCUAAAACUGUCCUUUUCUUUAACAAGCGAUCACGUUUCACAUUCUGAUACACUUUAAUAAAAGGAGAGCAUGGAA